GGGUUGUCGUCCAUUUCCCGUUUGUCCAUUUCCACAGCACGCCCCCCCUCGCCGUGGUCGAUUGUUCUGGCCUGAUUCUGCGACACCUACUCGACUGCCUCCCUCUUUGACACUUACAAAGUUAACCCCCGGCCGCCCGUCCUUCCAAUUCCUUCUACUUCUUCUUCGACUACGGAAUUCUGCCGUUUCCAAUUGAUACGUGAUCGUCAUGGGCUUCUUCAACAAGAGGGAGUCCGUUGGUGGUACUGCCGCCGACAACGCUUCCAUUAUCUCGUACCAGUCCAUCAAAGAGUACCCUUCUCCACCCAUGUCUGCGACUCGCACCUCGUUCGCCCGUCGCUCAACCUCGUCGAACCACUCCGUUAACUCAAAGCGCUCUCCCUCAAUCCUCUCCAACACCAAGUCUUUCUUCUCGACCUUGUCGGCUCCGGCGACAGCACCCGCGCAACCCAAUGCCUCUGUCAAAGGAGUCAAGCUCCCUGAGCCACCGAAUGCGGAUGAGGACCCCAGUGGGUAUCUUAGGACGUUGAAUGCUGUUAGGGAAAGGAGUAACAUGAUUUUUGAGAAGGGAAAGACUGGCGAGUUGAAGUGUUUUGACCUUGACAUGGACAAGAUGGACGAUGUCGUUGGGUUUGUUGCAUCAAUUAUCAAGCGGGACUACGCACCCGACUACCACCUUAUCCCUCCUCACGGCCGCUGGCAGCACUUCGAAGUCGGCGGCUCCAAGCGCAUUGACCGCCUCCUCGCCGCCUUUCCUCCCUCGAUUGACGACUUCGAAAAGACAAGACGUCUUCUCGACCUCUUUGUCGUUUCCGUUCUCUUGGAUGCCGGUGCUGGAACUGCGUGGACCUACAAAGAAGAGGCUUCCCACGACAUCUACCGUCGGUCCGAAGGUUUGGCCGUGGCUAGUUUGGAGAUGUUCAACAGGGGUCGCUUCAGUGGUGAUAUCAUUAACCCUUGGAGGGUCGAUGCAGAGGGAUUGAGUCUGAUUACGGCGGACAUUUUGGGAGAGGAUAUGCAAGUUUCUGAGGAUAACCCGCUUGCGGGGUUGGAGGGUCGUACGGAGCUCUUGAAGAAUCUCGGAAAAGCACUCGGGGCUAAACCGGAGUACUUCGGAAAAGACGCGAGGCCAGGGAAUAUUUUGGACUACCUUCUCAAGCACCCCACUACCCUCGGCGCUGGUACGCCGAACCCUACCGUUUUGGUCCCGACUUUGUGGGCUGCUUUGAUGCACGGCUUCGCACCCAUCUGGCCCGCUGGCAGAACCACUUUGCCGGGCGACUCCACUCAGCUCGGUGAUGCAUGGCCUACGCAACUUCUCCCACAGUCACCUCCCCACGCCAAGAUCGUCCCCUUCCACAAGUUGACGCAAUGGAUGGCAUACUCCCUCAUCCCGCCCAUGACCCGCCUCGCCGGUAUCCGUUUCGCAGGAAUGCACCUCUUCACCGGUCUUCCCGAAUACCGCAACGGAGGCCUCUUCGUUGACCUCGGACUCUUGACCCUCAAGAAGGAAGUCGAGGCCCGCGGGUUGGCGACUUACCACGCCACCGUCACCUCCGACAAGAAAAUCGAGGUCGUCCCGAUGUAUGCGCCUGGCGAUGAGGUUAUCGUCGAGUGGCGUGCUUGUACCGUCGCGCUUCUCGAUCUUGUUGCGGAGGGUGUGAAUAAGAAGUUGGGGUUGAGGGCGGAUAAUGCGUUGAGUUUGGCGCAGGUUUUGGAGGCGGGGACGUGGAAGAGUGGGAGGGAGUUGGCGGAGAUUCAGAGGCCUAAUACGAAGGGGCCGCCAAUCGGAUUGUUGAGUGAUGGAACGGUCUUCUAGGUGAGGUGUUGACCGUGAAGAGUGUUUUUGCAUGCCUAGGCGUUGGCAUGGUUAUAUGGAUGGAAGUG